AUGCAAGUUGUUACUCCGUCGUCUCCGGCGCCGAAAUUCGUCGGAAAAGAGAGGUUCACCGAGGUUUACGGGGCAUUGAGCGACGAUUUUGGCUCCAAAUUAAAUAUCGAUUUUACGAAUAAAGAAGAAGAAAAAAACAGAUGGUGGAAUCAAGAAGAGUCUGAUGAUGGAGAAGAAGAAGAUGAGUUCUCGUUCGCAAGCGUAAACGCAGAGAAUUCGCCGAUAACCGCAGACGAAGCGUUCCAAGACGGUCAGAUCCGGCCGGUUUAUCCUCUAUUUAACCGGAACAUUCUCUUCGAACAACAACCGGAGGAGAAAUCUUCUUUACGCUCGCCGAUCAAGAAGCUCUUCGUGGAGAGCCAGACGGCGGAGGAAGAAGAAGAAACAGAGCCGAUGGGACCGUACUGCUCGUGGUCAGGAAGAACGGUGGAGGAAGCUACGCCGGAUACUUGCCGGAAAAGUAAUUCCACGGGGUUCUCGAAGCUGUGGAGAUUCAAAGAUCUGGUUUUGAGAAGCAACAGCGACGGGAAAGACGCGUUUGUGUUUCUGAACAACGGAGUCGCCGGAGGAGAAAAGAGCAAAUCUUCUUCUUCUUCGUCGUCGUUUUCGAACGUGGCGGCGAUGUUGGCCGGAGGGAAGAGGACGGAGAAAGGGAAAGAGCAGAAGAAAGCGGAGAAGAAGCUGAAAACGAAGUCGGCGCACGAGAGGCUGUACAUGAGAAACAGAGCGUUAAGAGAAGAAGGGAAACGGAGAUCGUAUCUUCCGUACAGACAUGUCGGUUUCUUCACCAACGUUAAUGGUCUUACCAGAAAUGUUCAUCCUUACUAA